UAAACGAUUAUUCAGGGUGACAUGUUACUACUGAACCGAAAGCAGGUAAAAGUAUACGCAAAAAAUAUCACAUAUUGAACUAAACUUAGAGAGACUUCAAUUCAAAGUCAAGGUAUUUGUUGGAUCAAAAGUGUCUUAAUUUUCAAUGCUAACCCCCAAUAAUGAGCAAAGUGGUUUAUUUUUCCCUUAAUAAAUAAAUCAAGCCAAACUUUACCAAGCACCGCAUGUAACAAAUUUAAAAGAAAAAUCGAGAUUUUCACAUGAAGUGCUGCAUUUCGUUAGGUAUUAGGUUCAGGGACAAUUUGGUCGGCGUUAAGUCAGAGUGGACUACGCUUGUUUUUGGGCUGGUAAAGAUAAAGAUGUUUCUGAAUUUUUCGACGUUUCUUUGGGUCAUUACGGGUUACGUACAAAAGGCUGAAAUACGAAAGGCUGAAUUACGAAAGGCUGAAUCACAAAAGGCUGAAAAUGUCAAAAGGCUGAAAUAACAUAAGGCUGAAAUAAUGAUUCGACUAGUUUUCAAACGGCGAGCCUAAAGGCAGUCAUGCGGGCCUAAAGGCAACACUAACAUCAUAGACAAACAGACAUAACACUCUAAUUAAUCAUAGCGUACACUGAUAUAAUGAUCUUUAUGAAAAUUUGCUAGUUGGCGGACACCGUCUUCAGCCAGAGGCUGCACAGACUGAAUAUGAAACUUAACACUAGACAAAGGACACAUGGAGCAUGCACCAGUGGAUACGGAGAAGAAACUAUUCUCAUGAAAAGUUUCAUCGUCCGGAGCGGGAAUCGAACCCUCACCCCACAGCAUGGUGCGAUUAGAAGCUUGGUGACCCUAACCGCACGGCUACGAGGCUCCACAACUUGGACGCACACUACCGCUCAUUGAUUGAUGGUUCAUUGAUCGAACAUGCUUCCGUUACUAUGUUCAAAAUCGGAAAGCGUUAGGACUGUUUUUCCGCGCUAAAGUAUGCAUUAUUGAUCACCUACAUAACUAUGACAGUAUUUUCCAAGCACAUAUUUAAAAGAAGGAAAAAUCUGUGAUCAUCAGAAGGCGGCUCCAGAGGCACGUUAUCCUCCAUUUGGGACAUUUGUGCCAUAAAAGUUGGUAUGCAUCAUUAGCCUCUUCACUAAGCAUAUUCUAUGACUAGGACUCAUAUAUGUAGUCGAUCUGGUUAGCGAACGGGUAGUCAUGCUGAGGGUGACGGGUUCGAUUCUCCCUUGGGCCAGAAACUUUUUGUAAUGGAAAAUUCCUUAACAACCGCGGGCAUAAAGUAUCUUCCUGCCUGUCACACGAUAUACAAAUGCAAAGUGGUCAUUGACAGAGAAGGCUCUCAAUUAAAACCUGUUGAAAUGCGUAUAGAAGCUGAAAGCUUUGUCUCAGUUGGGACGUUACGCCAGAAAAAAAGAAGAAGUAGGGUACUGGUUCCCUUAUUGAGCAUGUGGCUCCCAUUUUCAUCCUACGAAAAACAAAGGAUUGAAGCGCUAUUUGUUUUGUUUCUUAUUUUUGUAUUUUUUGUUAGAAGUGAGCACGCAUGAAAAAAAAAAAACGGAAUCAAUCGGUGCCGUAAUCGCUUGUUUUCGAAUAGGAUGGAUAUGGGAGCGUGAGAUUACUGAUGACACUCAUACCCUACUAUAACUAAUUUCCUGCAUUUUUGCAAUUUCAUCCUUUUGAAAUUCAGCCUUAUGUUAGCAUCCCGUCAUUACAUAAAAGAACUACAGUUUUUCAGAAAAUAAUGCGCUUGGUUUGAUAUCCCAAGUGCUUACAGGACAUUUCCCUAAAAUCAUUGAAAAACAGAUGGUUCGUUUUGACAUAACGCCAACCAUUUGGGCAGGUGGGAGGGUCUAUUUUGGGCACUUUGUGCUCUAACUCAGUCACUUUUGUAGGAAUAGAGUUUUGCAUCGAAAUUUAUCCUCAAUUUUCUCUCCGAGAGAGAAAAGAACGGCAACGAAUGGGAAUCAAAACAAACCACCGGAAAAUGUCAAAAUUCGCGUGAGAGGGAAAAGGAAAGGACGAGCGAGAAUGAACCGAAAGUUCAUUCGUGACGUCACCUUGCAAAAUUCAAUUGACUUUCUUUUUGAUACGUAGUGUGAUGUGUACAGUAUCUAGCCAUGCACAGAAUUUCAAACCAAUGGAUCACUAACCCGACGUCUCCACUAGACAGAAAUGUCUUGCCAUUUUGCUGUACAGAUGUGUCAUGACAGAAAUGUUCUCUCGCUGUUUGCAUGAAAAGCAGCGGUGUUGAUCAUUUCUGUUACGUUUUCUCUUUCUGGCAGCAAAAUGGCAAGACAUUUCUGUCUAGUGGAGACGUGGGGUAAAAUAAAUAAAACGGAAGCUAUGAAAAGAACAGAUAGCGCCACCGUGUUUAACGUAACUCGACUGCUGUCACUGUGUAGGGUGACUGGUGUGUAGGGUGCCUACAGUCCAUAUACGGUGGCGCUUUUGUUUUGAUGCGGUGAGUAGCGAAAAAGUUGGUUACAAUCUGAGACGAGACUCGCGAAGACGGUCUUCUUUUUCUCAGCUUUGUUAUAUUUUUUUUCUUCCUAUCUGUGUUGACAUUAUGUUUUGGGCUGGUGGUUCAAACACGUACGUGACCGCAUCACCUCACAUGCAGUGUGACUGAAUCCCAUUCACGCACAAAAUCAUGUUGAGGUGAAAUUUUGCAUCGCCAACAAUCGCCAAGCAAAGUUAUCAUUGGAAUAUUUUUGUUUUCAAUUUAUUUUUGGCAGUACAGGAGAAGAAAACGCUGCUCGGAGUGAAUUUUGGCUUCAGAAUUUAUCUCGGAUAGCAAUACUUUCCUCGUUUUAGGUAACGUAAUCAAACGGGCUACAACUGACAGCUCAGUUGGGCUGCACUUGACGUUGCUUUUUUUCCUCUUCGCGAGUCUCGUCUCAGAUAAAAACGACAGUCACUGAAGCACAGGGCUAGUAGCAGUAGCAGUAGCAGCAGGCUAUAUUUUAUCAAUUCUUCUUACAUAAAAGAGCAUCCCCUAUCUGACUUCCAGUUUGCUUAUCAAUCUGGUAAGUCAACGGUUACAGCACUUCAUUCGCUAGUAACAAAAGUGGAAAAAACGUUUUCAGCAAAAGAAAUAGCUCUAUGCGCCUUUUUAGACAUAGAAGGAGCAUUUGAUAAUGCCUCCUGUUCAUCUAUGAAGCGUGCCAUGGAGAACAAAAACUUCGACCAAUGUAUCAUACAUUGGAUUUAUACUGUGCUUGCAAAAAGAGAAAUCACCUCUGAUCUGGGAAGUUCUUCUAUAACAGUAAGGGCAACGAAAGGUUGCCCUCAAGGAGGAGUCCUCUCACCAUUAUUGUGGUCCUUAGUUGUAGACGAUCUUCUAAGAAGCUUGAAGGAAAAAGGUUUCGAAGUUGUGGGCUUUGCAGACGAUAUAGUCAUAAUAGUGAGAGGAAAGUAUGACGAAACUGUUUCGGAGAGAAUGCAAAGGGCCCUAAACUAUACACAUUCAUGGUGUAUUAAGGAGGGCCUUAGCAUCAACCCGUCAAAAGUCGUAAUUGUCCCUUUCACUAGGAGAAGGAAGAUCAACCUAAAAGCUUUUCGGCUUGGAGGGAUACAAAUUCAUCCUAGUGAUCGAGUCAAAUACUUAGGUUUGAUACUGGAUGCUAAACUGAACUGGAAUGCUCAAAUUGAGUCCGUGAUCGGUAAGGCAACAAGUGCGUUCUGGUUAUGCUCCAAAACUUUUGGCAGGAAGUGGGGCUUGAAACCAAAAAUGAUAAUGUGGAUUUAUACUGCCAUAAUCCGCCCAAAAGUGACGUAUGCUUCGUUUGUCUGGUGGCCAAAAACAAGAGAGGCUACCACACAAUCAAAGCUUGCGAAAAUUCAACGUCUUGCGUCCAUUGCUGUUACAGGAGCGAUGCGAAGCACUCCAUCAAAAGCUUUAGAUGCGAUUCUCAAUCUGCUACCUUUGCACGAGUACGCGCAAUUAGAAGCAGAAAAGGAAUUGCUAAGACUUGAACGAGUUGAAAAGUUUGUGUCAGGUGAUCUUGAAGGUCACCUGAGCAUUUCACAAUACUUCCAAAAUAGGCCAGUAAUGAAAAUGAUUAAAGACUGGAUGAAACCUGUGGAUAACCAUGAUGUUCCUUACAAGUUGCACGAAACAACUCGUGCAGAUUGGGAAGUCGGAGGUCCCACUGUUCGUCAAGGGUCAAUCAAAUUCUUCACAGAUGGCUCAAAGGUUGGAAUAAAAACGGGAGCGGGAAUCUACGGCCCUGGAAUACAAAUUUCAGUGGCGAUGGGACACUAUCCUACGGUGUUUCAAGCAGAGAUUCUUGCUAUUUUGAAAUGCGCAAAUAUCUGCCUUGAGAGAAAAUACAGAUAUGCAAAUAUUUGUAUUUUCUCAGAUAGUCAAGCUGCACUAAAAGCAUUGUGCGCUUACAAAUGUACUUCAAAGCUUGUCUGGGAAUGCAUUCUUUCACUGCGCAGGCUGUGCCAAAGGAAUUCAGUAAACUUAUACUGGGUUCCAGGUCACUGUGGCAUUGAAGGAAAUGAAAUGGCAAACGAGCUUGCUAAAAGUGGUUCCAAUUUACAGUUUGCUGACCCAGAACCAUUCUGUGGUAUAUCAAACUGUACAAUUAAAAUGGACCUGAAACGCUGGGCUGAGCAGAGGGUGAUAUCCAAUUGGAUGGAUGUCAAAAAUUGCAAUCAGUCAAAACGAUUUAUAACACCAAAUGCUUAUAAAACCAAAAUGCUCUUAGAGCUCAACAAGAGAGCUCUAUGUACAUACACUGGCCUAGUAACUGGACACUGCCCGAGCGGGUAUCACUUGAAAAAUAUUGGCCAUAUUCAGAGUGAUAUCUGUCGUUUCUGUAAUACGGAACGUGAAACCUCGGAACAUCUGCUUUGCAGUUUUGGGGCUUUAUACACGCGCAGGCAAAGAUUUCUAAAUAGUGGUUGCUUGCAACCCAGUGAGAUCUGGUCUGCAAAACCUGGGAAGGUCUUGGAGUUUAUUAAUUCCAUUGCACCUGACUGGGAGACGACGCGUUGUGGCAGUAGCUGAUUACUUGGCACAUGGUAAUUAGCUGGCUAGAUGCGAAUAUCAGAACGGGACAUGCCACAAAAGUUCAGCCUAUUGGACGCAGUGGCUUAAUUUUCCCAACAGGAAGAAAAAAAAAAUGUGAGCUAUUUUUUUAAACAUAACUGGCAUUUCUGGUAGUUUAGUCCAUGGUCCAUGAUGCUAUUUAAAUACACAUAAUACAACAAUAAUUUAAAUAAAUAUAAGAAGGGUUCUGUUCACCAUAGGUGGAAUCAAUCGGGUUUUUAAUAACCGUAUCAACACUAAUAUUCUGUUUUGUA